AUGGAGGCAUCAAACAAAGCUGCAGGCUUCGCCAUGGUGAUGGCCAUGGCGGUUUCGGCCAUGAUGGUCACCACGUCGAUGGCGCAGAACUCGGCCAAGGACUUCGUCGACCUCCACAACGCCGCCCGGGCCGCGGUGGGCGUCGGCCCGGUGACGUGGGACGCCAAGGUCGCGGAGUACGCCGCGGGCUACGCGAGGCAGCGCGCCGGCGACUGCAAGAUGGUGCACUCCGGCGGCAAGAACGGGGCCUACGGCGAGAACCUGUGGUGGGGCUCCGCCGGCCGGGCGUGGACGGCGGCGGACGCGGUGACCAAGAGCGACUUCGCGUGGGUGAAGGAGAAGCAGUGGUACCACCACGCCGGCAACCGCUGCUCGGCGCCGGCGGGCAAGACGUGCUACCACUACACGCAGGUGGUGUGGCGCCGCUCGACGGCCAUCGGCUGCGCCCGCGUCGUCUGCAACGGCAACCUCGGCGUCUUCAUCAUCUGCAACUACUCACCGGCGGGCAACAUACGAGGGCAGAGCCCAUACUAG